CAACUAUUCUGAAGGCCACUUAACUACGCCAGCUAUGUCAGACUUCGAACCUUUGACCUCCACUGUGAAGCCACUCACACAGUCAGUGCUCACUAUCCGAAUCAUCAAGUCCUUUCCGUACCGCAAUGUUAAGAACAUCAUCUUGAAGGACUACGAUAUUGCACAUAAGACUCCGAAGGACUUAUUCGAGGACAUCAUGAAGGAGAUCAAGACCGUGGGCGGACUGAGACCUUACAGAAACGUCGAGUAUGACACCUUGAAGAUCUACACACAUGCACAUGGCUCGAAAACCAUGAAUCUGGUGAUAAACUUUGAACACGAUGACGACUGGACACUAGAUCUGAGCUCCACGAGCCAUCUCCAUGAGCUUGGUGUUGAUAACGAGACUGAGAUCUCGAUAUUUAACAAGGAGGCUUACGAAGAGUACAAGAAGAAUCCAGUAGAGAAGUGGUAGCGUGCCUUGAGCAGCG